AUGGCAACUCCUACCAGCAGCCUGCUUAGUCCCUCGUCGCCGCAGAUGAAACUGCAGGUGCCGGGGGACGAUCUCGGUCCUCCUGCUGCCAAGAACCUCAUUUCCCACCACCUCCAAGGUCUUGGAUGUGUCUUGCAGGUGCUUGAUGACCCGGAUGAAGACGGACUUCACAUGGCCUUCGAGCUGAUGACUAAAGGGCCCGUGGUGGAGGUGCCCACAGACGAGCCGUUAACGGAGGAUCAGGCUCGCUUUUACUUCAGAGAUGUCGUCCUGGGUAUGGAGUACUUGCAUUACCACAGGAUCAUCCACCGAGACGUCAAGCCGUCCAACCUGCUGCUGGGGGACGACGGUCACGUCAAGAUCGCAGACUUCGGUGUGAGCAACGAGUUUGAGGGGACGGACGCCCUCCUGUCCAGCUCGGCGGGGACGCCGGCCUUCAUGGCUCCAGAGACCAUGAGCGAACAACAGCAGAGCUUCAGUGGAAAAGCGUUAGACGUGUGGGCGAUGGGAGUCACGCUGUACUGUUUUGUUUUUGGGAAGUGCCCUUUUUACGAUGAGUACAUCGUUUCUCUUCACAACAAGAUCAAGAGCCAACCUGUAGAGUUUCCACAAAUGCCAAUAAUCAGCAACGAGCUGAAAGAUCUGAUUGAAAAGAUGCUGGAUAAAAACCCUGCAACAAGAAUCAGCCUCCCUGAAAUAAAGCUCCAUCCGUGGGUGACGGAGAACGGCUCCAACCCUCUCCCUCUGGAGGAGGAGCACUGCACGGCGGUGGAGGUCACCGACGAGGAGGUGCAGAACAGCGUCAAACUCAUCCCCAGCCUCUCCGCUAUGAUUCUUGUGAAGUCCAUGCUGAGGAAGCGGUCUUUCAGUAAUCCCUUUGAGUGUCAGGGCCGGAGGGCAGAGAGGUCCAUGUCUGCCCCCGGAGGUCUCCUUACGGGUUUAUGGGGCUUACUGGGGUCUUCUCCUUUGCCUCAUCCCUCCAUGAGAAAAAUCAGCAAAGAGGGGAGCAGAGAAGGCGAGUUGGAGGACUUGUACGAAGACGAAACGUUUCCAGAGAGUUCAGAUUAAAGCGACACGUUUACAGAUUAAAGCUGCAUGAAGUUA